AUGGCCCAAUGUCAGAAGGAGAAGUCCAAGGGCCUCUUCGCUUGCCCGUCCUUUGCUGUCUUCGGCACGGUGAAUAUCCCGCCAGUUACGAAGGUGAUCCCCGGGCUCCAGACGCAGGUGGCUUAUGGCGGUAAAUGGAAGACCGCCAUGAACACCCGGGUUUUCGCACAGGUAUGGAAAGAAGUCCAACAGAUGCCAGAAGUUGCCGCGCACGCAUGGACCGUCAAAUUGGAUGCGGACACCGUCUUCCUUCCGCAUCGCCUGGGUCCCCUGCUGCCAGCGAGCCCACCAUCUUCCUACUUGCAGAAUUGUAACGAGGGCCUGCAUGGACCCAUCGAGGUGAUCUCGCGAGAGGCCUUGAAAGCCAUCCAGUGGGACGUUUGUGGGGCCAUCGCCUACGAGGACUUCUGGUUAGAGAGCUGCCUGCGCCGUGCUGGGGCAUCUGCCAUUCCUGCCUGGCCCAAGCUUCUGCACGAAAAGGGCUGCCAGCCCAGACUCUCGGGCCCCUGCGGCUCCUCCAGCGUGGCCUUCCAUCCAAAGAAGUCUCCUUCCGAGUGGUGGAGCUGCCUCGCCGAGGCGGAGGCGUUUCCGAUCCCAGGAUGGGUCGAUCAUGCCAACAUCAACUGCGUCCCAGGGCAGGGCGCGCAGGCGCUUUCCGGCCAGCCAGAGCCGUUUCACAGUUCAAUGCAUCCGCUGGAUUGCCUGAAGGCUUGCGAAGAUAUCACUGAUUGCCAGGCUGUGGUCGUUCUCGAAAGUUAUGACCCAAGCCCUUGCUUCCUGCGCACGCAGGUCGACAUCGGCAGUUGCUUCCCAGCGCCUGGCUUCAGCCUCUGGGCCAAGCCGGGAGCCGUGACCACGAGCAUCACCACCACGCUUCCCACAACCACGGCAACCACAGCAACCACAUCCACCCAAGCGAGCACCACGGCAAAGACCCAGAAUGCAACAAACACCACCAUGAACCGCACGGCACCAAGCACCACACCAGCAAGAAGUAUCAGGAAGCCAACGAAAGGCCCGGAGACCAGAAAUGCCACUGUGAACCGCACAGAGCCAACCGCCACACGGGCGCCGGCCAUCGGCCAAGAGACCAGAAACGCGACUCUGAACCACACAGGAGCAAAUACCACCAUGUCAACAAGCGCAGGGAAGCCUGCCAAAGCUCCGAACACCACACAGCACACAACAGCCAGCACCGCCACUCUGGCAGCGACCGUCAGCACCAGUACCCUCGGCAACCACUCGAAGCCAAGCACCAGCCGGAAGCCAGCAACAGUCUCGGAGACCACUACGGUAGUAGACACCACACAGACAACAACUACCUCGGAAACGACGACCAUUUCCACCAGCCCGGCGGCCGAUCCUUUGCCCGAGCUGCCCGCGCUGCCCACCAGACGACUGGAUGAGGCACCGCGAGGGUUCUUGCAUUGA